CGUCUCGCGAGGAAGGACGCCAUUAUCGCAGCCGCCCGACAAACACCACGAGAAUUCGGCACCGCACACGGUAACCGCGGCGCCCCGCGGCCGGACGGCUGGGGCUGAGCUCCCGGGGGGCCUGACCCGGCCGUGCCCCAGCCCCGGCCUUCACAGCCCUGCCGCUCCCCGCAGCGCUGCCGCAGCCCGCGGGCCGCCGGGCGGUGGCGGCUGCGGGGAGGGGCCGGGCGGGGGGGCCGCGCGCGCCUCCGCCCCCUCACCCCGCCGGGCCGGGGGGGCCACCGGCCGCGCGCCUCCCCCAGCGGAGCCGGGCGCUCCGGGGCUGCCCCGCAUCGCCCCCCCUGCCCCGGGCGGGGAUCGCCCCCUUGCUGGGGCUCCUCAGCGCCGGCCCCUGCUCCCGCUCCCGCUGCCGGAGGCCUCGGCCACCCCCGCGGGGCGUCUGAGGCGGAGGGUCUGCUCUGCCCCUGGAGAGCCCGCCCUGCCGCUCCCCCGCCUCCCCAGAGCUCGUGUGUUCCCGUCGGGAAGGCCGGGGCAGGCCGGAGCCCCCGCUCGGGCCCAGCACACGCGGCGCGGCAGGCGCGGCUCUGGGAAGAGGUGUCGCUGGGCGAGCUCCUUCCCUGCCCGGCGCGGGAGUGACGGCUGGGGCUGCUGCUCUUCCCCUGCCUGCUGCUGGGGGCAAGAAAUAGUCUCCUGAGGCUGCUCUGCCUCUCUGGUCAUUUAGUCCCAGCCUGGGUUUUUCACAGCCGCGCCGGGGCUCGUGUUUUCUGCUUUCUUCGUACUGGCGAGAUCUGUUGGACAGCACACUCGGUCUUCCCUUUUUCCUUAUUUGCAAUUCAAGUGUUGCUUUUUAAUUUUUUUUUUAUUAUUAUUUUUAAAUCCUUGUGCUGCGGGCAGUGGUGUGCUUAACCAAAUAUAGUAAAUUUAUCCUGCUAUGGGGCAUAUAGUUGAUGUGUCCGUUUAUUUUUAGAGCUCCCUAGGGAAUUAUUUUUGGCUUUUUUUUUUUUUUGAGUAAGUAAGUUUGGAUGGUUAUUAGUAACUGAGUUAUUGCUUCAGCGGAAACAGCUUUUGGAUUGUUGUAAAAUGAGAGUUUGGAGCUUGCUUUUUUUUUUUUUCCCCUCCCCAAUUUUUUUUUUGCCUUCUGUGUGAGGUUACCUUUGGUGUAGCACCCUGUUGAGGGCAGGCUUUCAAGAAGCAAACAUCAAAGUUUGUAGAAUUUUCUGUACUCCUUAUUUUAACAAUUAAAAACCCAAACAACAAAAGCCUUCGUUUCAGUAAUUUUGUAGCACAGCCUCUUGAAGCACUGAUGUUUCUCUGUUAGAAAAUAACAAUAUAAAUUUAAAAUGGAUGCCCAUUGAAAUUGUCCAGAAUAACAAGAAAUUGUUUCUGAAACUAUGAGCCUUAUUCUGUACAUUAAAUGACAUCUUGGCAGUAGUUCAGUUUUCAAUGAUACAUGAAAAGAUGUUAGGAAGAAAGACUAGUUAAUUUAUUAAAAAGAGUAAAAAGAUUUGAGUUUGGAUUUGGGAAACAUUCCACCUCCUUCAAAGGAUGAAAAUAUUUUCUAACAUUUUUAUUUGUGUUUUAAUUUUUUAUUUUUUUUUAAUUUAUCAUGUGUUUUCCAUGAACAGUAGUUUAGUGGCUGAAUUAUCCAGCCAUGUUUAAUUUGUUGUGUGGUUACAGAACAGGUGUUACAUUUUAAGGUUCUUUUAAAGGAGUAGUUGAUUAAUAAAAUUCAGACUAAUUGAAUAACGACAUUAAGAGUACAGGAGUAGUAUAGUGCAAUUAUCGUGUUCACAGUUGAAAGGAUCCCAUCAGCACAUGUUCUGCUAAACAUGUUUGAAAAAGCUUACUUCCUGCCUGUGCUGUUUUUAACACAGUCCAGCACAAGUUUUUUUUAUACUGUUUUGGACUGAGUAGGUGAAGAAAGAUGAGCUUCUAGUCAUAGCUCCAGGUAACCAGCUGUGUUGCUUACCGGUUUACCUUGAUUGUGCAAGGAGUGGUGCUGUGCUGGGGGAGUCAGACCCACGUUAAUUAACACCAACGUGCUCCCAUUUGCGAGCACCUGGGGUUGUCUCUGGUCUUCGCCUUGAGCUUUUUUCCCUAAUCAUGUAAAGCAUUGUUUGUGCAGGAGGAAUAAAUGCCUUUAUUUUGUCAGAACUUGAAUGUCUUCAUAUCUUCCAGUGAAGAAUGCCUUGAAUUGAAAUGGCUGUGAUGUUCCUUAGAAAGUAAAGGCUCUCUCAGGACACUAAUGUUGAAAGGAAGAGAUGGGCAUUUCUCUUUGUGCCCAGAAGCUCUUGUCCCAGAGAUCUACAGAAACUGGUCAUGUGAACUGAGCAGAACAGCAAGAGGAUUGCAUGACUUGCACAAUCACUUAUCUGGGGACCUGCAGUGGUAUUUGACUGGAUAUUGUGUCCUGGUUCUGAAUGAUGUCAGAACAGGAUUUGGCAGAUGUUGUUCAGAUUGCUGUUGAAGACUUGACUCCAGAUAACCCAGUUGUGUUGGCAAAUCAUGAAGUGACAGAUGAUGAUGUAGAGCCUGGCCUGAAACGUCAGCGUAUAGAAAUUAACUGCCAGGAUCCCUCUAUUAAGUCAUUCCUGUAUUCCAUUAAUCAGACAAUAUGCCUGCGGUUGGAUAGCAUUGAGGCAAAGCUGCUGGCACUAGAGGCUACCUGUAAAUCACUGGAAGAGAAGUUGGAUCUUGUCAUGAACAAACAGCACAGCCCCAUCCAAGUCCCCAUGGUGGCAGGUUCUCCUCUUGGCGCUACGCAGACGUGCAAUAAAGUCCGAUGUGUUGUCCCUCAGACCACAGUGAUACUGAACAAUGACCGGCAGAAUUCAAUUGUAGCCAAGAUGGUUGGGCAGGAAGAGCCAUUGAGCAGAGCAGCGGAUUCUCUGGAAAACAUCCUUAGCAAUGCUGUUCCUGGCCGUAGGCAGAACACCAUAGUGGUGAAAGUUCCAGGGCACGAUGACAGUCACAAUGAAGAUGGAGAGAGUGGCUCUGAGGCCAGUGACUCAGUUUCCAACAGUGGACAACUGGGAAGCCAGAGUAUUGGGAACAAUGUCACGCUGAUUACGCUGAACUCCGAAGAGGAUUACCCCAAUGGGACAUGGCUGGGAGAUGAAAACAACCCCGAGAUGCGGGUGCGUUGCCCCAUCACCCCUGCUGACAUGCUGCACAUCAGCACCAACUGCCGCACGGCUGAGAAGAUGGCACUGACACUGCUUGACUAUCUCUUCCACCGGGAAAUUCAGGCCAUCUCCAACCUCUCGGGCCAAGGGAAGCAUGGGAAGAAGCAACUUGAUCCUCUCAUGAUUUACGGGAUUCGCUGUCACCUAUUUUACAAAUUUGGAAUCACAGAAUCCGACUGGUACCGAAUCAAGCAAAGCAUAGACUCCAAAUGCAGGACAGCUUGGAGGAGGAAGCAGCGAGGGCAGAGUCUGGCCGUGAAAAGCUUUUCAAGGCGAACACCUUCAUCGUCAUCUUACAGUGGCUCAGAGGGUUCCCACAGCUCAGUUUCAGCUUCUAAUGAGAUCCAGCAGAACCAGCCACAGGCACUACACUAUGCACUAGCCAAUGCUCAGCAGGUCCAGAUCCACCAAAUAGGAGAAGAUGGACAAGUCCAAGUAGGCCAUCUCCACAUUGCCCAGGUUCCUCAAGGCGAGCAAGUCCAAAUCACGCAGGACAGUGAGGGAAACCUGCAGAUACAUCAAGUUCAUGUGGGUCAAGAUGGGCAGGUGUUGCAGGGUGCUCAGCUGAUAGCUGUAGCUUCUGCUGAGCCUGCCUCAGGGGGUGUGGAUGGAUCCCCGCUCCAAGGGAGUGACAUCCAAGUCCAGUAUGUGCAGCUGACACCAGUGACAGACCACUCUGCGACUAAUCAAGGCACUGACACCCUUCAAUCAGCAAUCCAGCCCGAAAUGCAGAUAGAACACGGAGCAAUCCAAAUUCAAUAAGAGGAUCAUGGAAAGCUGUGUCAGCUGGGAUGCCAGGGAACCCCAGUCAGCAGUUAAGUGCUGCAGUCUUCAACAACAGGAGAAUGGCAAUGCCUGUUAGACAAAUGGUCACACCUCUAGCAUCUCCUGCAAACAGCAGAGUUCUCAUGAGUUGGGUGUCCUCACCAGGAAUAAAUCAGACCCACUUACUUAAAUUGGAGCUGCAUCACUGCACCAACUGAGGAGCUGGCCUUCAGAAAAAAAUAAAUAGCCUGCCCUUACACUUAAAGCUGAAAAAACCCCAAUCUGUCAGUAAGAAGGAAAGAAAUCUAAUGAACCAAACCCUGAGACUAAAUUAGUGUUUCAUCUGUUUCAUUUCUUCUGUGAAACGCGCCACCUGAAUGUCUGCAGAUACCUUAGGGGAGUGUAUUGCUGCUUUGCAAUACUUGCUUUACCACCUAUAGAAGAUCAAGAGCUCAAAUAUUUUUCACUGUUUAAACAGCUUUUUUUUUAUUUGCUAUGGUGUUUAUAACAAAAAUUUAAAAUAUUUAAAAAAAGAAAAUCCCAUAACUGCAAGUAUUAGCCUUUUGCUGGUGUUUUCUGUUCAGUGUAAUGAAAAAUGUAUUUGCAGGAGACUAAUAAUUUUGUUUGUACUGUUGCUUAACUACUUUUCUAGGGGAAAAUGCUUUAAAAUGCUGUAAUUAUGCAUUUCUAAUUAAAAAUAAAUGUGUAUUUAUGAA